AUGUCGGAUGUGUCGAACUCCUUCUCAGCUUGGGAGACCCUGCCGGAGGACGAACCUCCGCUGUGCAUCGCAGUUCGACGCCCAGUGUCACCUCCACGCCACUAUGAGGCGGUAAACCGUUGUGGAGGCAACCAGGAACUCACGACCGAGCUCGCAAAGUUUUGCACAGAGGCGAUAACAGAAGAGCUCAAAGAGAGAAGAGCAGAAGUGUUGGCUGAAGCUGCAGGGGCGCGACAGAGCACUCACUACGCCCGUCGAAACUUCGUCAAUCGCAAAACAGUAAUGACUGCUCUCCAGACCUCAGGAGGAACAACUACAGCAUGGAGAAAGGUGGUGGAAAAAGCUAUUCACAACUUCUACUCAGAUCUCUUCGACCACGUCCACUUGCGUCCUCACCAUCUGAGGGAAGAUGGACAUGUCAUUCCAAAAGUCCUCCCUUCCGAAGUCCGACAUGCCAUCAUGUCGGUGAAGAAUCAUACUUCACCCGGUCUCGACAGAAUCAAGUCUGAACAUCUGAAGUACCUACACCCACUCCUCAUCAAUCGCACACUGGCGAUGCUCUUCACGUUAUCUAUCGUGACGUUCCUAAGCAAUGGAAAAGCCGUGUUGUUGCAUAAGAAGGGAGGCCCACAAGACAUCGGCAACUAUCGCCCAAUCUGCUUACUGUUUGUCAACUACAAGCUCUUCACAACAAGUAGUCCUAAACAGGAUAGAAAGAACAUUAGAUGA